UGUGUACAGGGAAAUUUCUAUGUUGUAAGAGCAAUAUGGUGUUUUUACGAUUAAUAUUUCAUACGUCGUCUGUCUUUCAUACACUACUUCUCAACAUGACUUAAGUCAGGAUGGAAUGUGUUGACUGUUUCUGUCAUUUAAAGUAAUUAUUUCCUCAGUUUAAAUUUAAUAUUGUACUGUGAAGUUCGUUUAGGAACUACAAGUGUAAAACGAGGAAUAUGUCGAACGACGUAGACGAGAGGGUAGUUGACGAGGUGGAAGCGUUGAAGGCCAUUCUGAUGGACGAGUUGAUCGUGCGGACUAAUGAAAGUGGCUACCCAGUAGCUGUUGAGACAGUGGUAUUCCCUUCUACUGCGGAUGAUGCGUUGCAGCAGUAUGUCUGCCUCACCUUGGUGGUAGAGUUGACUCCUGGCUAUCCAGAUGUAGCACCAGACAUCUUGCUACGUAAUCCCCGUGGCCUGGAUGAUUCAGUGCUUGGCAGGAUAGAUAGGGAAGUUAAAGAAAAAUGUGAAAGUUACCGUGGUCAGGCUGUCAUCUAUGAGCUUAUUGAGCUGGUUAAGGAGUACCUGACAGCCAGUAACCUCCCAUCAUGUCAGUGUGCAAUCUGUUUGUAUGGGUUUCGGGAAGGUGACCACUUUACCAAGACGGAGUGCUAUCACUACUUCCAUUCGCAUUGCCUGGCAUGUCAUGUGACAAGUAGUGAAAAGAGUUACCAGGAGGAGUUAGACAAGUUACCAGCUUGGCAGCGCAACCAGCACCCACAGUCUCCCUGCCAGGUAUUGUGCCCUGUAUGUCGGGAGCCGAUUCAGUGUGAUAUGAAUAUGUUGUCAAGUGCAGCACCUCCUCUUGAUGUAGAGAAUGCUCGACAGUUUGAACUAAGUGAUGAGCUUCGUAGCUUGCAGAGGCAAAUGGCAGCCCUUUUCAGCCACCAGAAGCGACGAGGUGGUAUUAUUGAUCCUGAAGCAGAGGACUCGAAGCUGCUGUUAGUAACAGAUACUACAGAACAAGAGGGAGAAGAUGAUCCUGCAGGGCCCAGUGUUUUAUUCCCACCUGCUGCCCCUUUAUUUAACAGCACGAGCGGUAGUACAGGGAGCUCGGUACCAAAUCGAGGCGACUGGAGGAGAGGGGGGCGUGGAGGCUAUAGAGGUAGAGGCAACAGUGGCAGCCAUCACAACAGGCAUGGACGAAGGCACCAUCAGGCCGCUGCAACAUCCAGAUGACGAUGGCUCAAACUAAGACCUGCAUCAAGCUGCUGGCGCAUUACAAUCACAAGUCAAAUACUGGCAGGGGCAGGAAUCCUGUAGUUAGAGCUUGGAGAGAAAUGAGUUCCAGGCAGAACUGUUCAUUGAAACUUCACUGCAUUGCAUCUUUUGGGUUGUUAUGCUGUAUAAGAUUGUUAAUAUGGUGUUGAUUCUGUAGCAUCACAUUACAAAACUGUAUUCAUACAUAAUCUGCAAGUUCUGUAUUGUGCUCACAUAAAACAGUGACAGACAUAUUCUUAAAUCUGUGCUUGUGUUUAGAUAUGAAUUCUUAUGGUGUGAAUGUAUGAAAGUGCUUAAUUUCUCAUGUAAUACUUAAUGCAGAUCCAUGUACUCUAAUAGGCAGUUUAUUGUCUUAACUAUAAUACUGGACAAGUCUGCAAAGCUUUAAGCAUGAAAGCCAUUGGCAAAAUAUAUAGGAGGGGUAGAUCUCUUAUUUGUCUUGCUCUUGGCUGUUGCUCAGUGCUUAGCAGUAGACUUGUACUGUAAGUAUUGGCGAAGGCCAUCGAGUAGUCACUUCACCUUGAAGACAUUGAUAAUAAGGACCUCUGAAACUUUGGCAGUACAGCCCACGUAACUCAAACACAGGUUCAGCGAGAGCACUAAUCCAUCAAGAAAGCCUGAAGUCAGCUCGAAAUAUUGUUAGGAAAAACGUAAUUUUGAAAAAGCAAGGCCAUUUUUCACAGUGCCCAUUAUUUUUAUUUGUUCAGAAACAUAUGCAUUUCUUGUCUUCUGAGUGGGAAAAUGGGUGGAAUAACUACAGUGCAUCAGUUUGUUUUUAAAAUAUUUUCAAAGAUCUAUAUUAGUAUUACUGACACCAAGGACUCUUUACCAUGGUUCAUGACAUUGCAUCACAUGAGGGUACUUUCAACAGUCUGUUGUGCAUUAAUCCAAACAUAAAUCACUGCAGUAGUUUUGAUGUUUACAAUUUGUAAUGUAUAUGACUAAAACAUACAAAAAUAAGUAAAUAAAAAGUAUGUUUCUCUCUUGAUGGAGAAAAACUUGGAUAAUUCUCAUUUGCACUUGGUUUGUGUUGUAAAAUUUGUUAGUAGGGUUAAUGCUUGGUAGUAGAAAGACGUGAAGAAUCCUAUGAGUGGGGUUUUGGAAAACUGACGUUACUGUAGCUGCGGUUCUCCUUAAAUGUGCUUUCAAACUUCUUAUCUUUUUAUAUGCACAAAGAGUGUAGUACUACCAGGAUCCAGAAAUCAGGAGAUUAGAUAUUACUGAUAGUGAAGUAAUUCCAUAAGUUUUAUGGCUAGGUACAUUUUAGACACACAGCCAUUUUGUUAUAUUCAAGAAUAACUGAAAAGAAAAUUCAUGUGGUACAUUUAUUGAUGUAGUGAAUGUUAGGUGGAAUAAUUUUAAAUGCCAAAUAGAGUAUCAGGGGCAGUUGGCUAAAAGAGUAUGUAAGUUCAGUUUUUGCUUGGAUUUUGUUCUAUACUUUUAAUAUUACAAUGAUUCGUUAAUCCAACAUAAUCUAACAUGGAAACUCUGUAUACUGUGCCUUCAUUUAACAAACCACAUUUUUUAGUAACAUGGUUAUCUAAAUUGUUUUAUAUGAAUAAAAUUGAAUAUCCUUAAUGUUCAGUAGGGCUUACAGAGUGUAUCCUGCAAAUUCUUUUACCCCAAACGGCACUUACAGUCUUGUAUUCAAACUGUAUAGUAAAUUGAACAUGAAGUUGGUGAACAGUCUAUUCCCACAUAGCCAGUGAUAUGUCAGGAUAAUGCAUUUGAGAACCAUGGAAAGCCCUUGACCAUAUUUCUGCAAAAUUGAAACAUCAUUGGUGUGAAAGCAGUAUUAUUUUCCAGCCUAAGCAAAGGAAAGUUAUGUGUGGUACAGUGGAAUUGUAAGGUGUCCUAAUUCAUUAAACAGAAAAGAAACAAAGGA